GGAGGGGGAGGAGCCUUCCUCCCCGAGAGGGGAAGGAACCUCCCCCCCAGCCCAGCUUUCAGGGCAAAAUAGGUUGCGAGUGGGAGGCGGUGGCUGCGGCUCCACGGCUUGGGGAAGAUGGCGCCGCCGGUGACGGAGCGGGGUCUGAAGAGCGUCGUGUGGCGGAAGAUAAAAACAGCAGUGUUUGAUGAUUGCCGGAAAGAAGGCGAAUGGAAGAUAAUGCUGUUAGAUGACUUCACCACUAAACUUUUGUCGUCGUGCUGCAGAAUGACAGACCUUCUACAAGAGGGUGUAACUGUUAUAGAGAACAUCUAUAAGAAUCGUGAACCUGUCAGACAAAUGAAAGCUCUUUAUUUUAUCUCUCCAACAUCAAAAUCUGUAGAUUGUUUCUUGCGAGAUUUUGGAAGUAAAUCUGAGAACAAAUAUAAAGCAGCAUAUUUAUACUUCACUGACUUCUGUCCUGACAGUCUCUUUAACAAGAUUAAAGCAUCUUGUUCCAAGUCAAUAAGAAGAUGUAAAGAAAUAAACAUUUCCUUUAUUCCACAUGAAUCUCAGGUUUAUACUCUUGAUGUACCAGACGCAUUCUAUUACUGUUACAGUCCAGACCCUAGUAAUGCCAGCAAGAAAGAAGCAAUCAUGGAAGCAAUGGCUGAGCAGAUUGUGACAGUGUGUGCCACUCUGGAUGAAAACCCUGGGGUGAGGUAUAAGAGUAAACCUCUAGAUAAUGCCAGUAAGCUUGCACAACUGGUUGAAAAAAAACUUGAAGACUACUACAAAAUUGAUGAAAAUGGCCUAAUAAAGGGUAAAACUCAUUCCCAGCUCUUAAUAAUUGACCGUGGCUUUGAUCCUGUGUCCACUGUCCUGCAUGAACUGACCUUUCAGGCAAUGGCAUAUGAUCUACUACCAAUUGAGAAUGAUACAUACAAAUACAGAACUGACGGGAAGGAGAAGGAGGCGAUCCUGGAGGAGGAUGACGACCUGUGGGUGCGGGUGCGGCACCGGCACAUCGCUGUGGUGCUGGAGGAAAUCCCAAAGCUCAUGAAGGAAAUAUCUUCAACAAAGAAAGCCACAGAGGGGAAGGCAUCACUUAGUGCUCUCACCCAGCUGAUGAAAAAGAUGCCCCACUUCCGAAAACAGAUGACGAAGGUUAACCAGUGUCCUCGGGACAGUUGCUGGUAG